AAACAUUCCAUUAGCUUUACAUUGAAUUGACAGGUCGUUUGCUCGUUUGGAACUGGGAGCUGUCAUUCCAAACGAACAGCUGUCGCCACUCUGAUUAUAGUCACUCUAGCGAAAAUGAUUGUAAAAUCUGCACUUUGAAGAAAAUCUGUCAAUAUGGUAACCCUGAUUGGCGCGCGUUUUCGAAAAGUGAAAUAAAAACAUUCCGUUAUCAAUAUUUUGUGAUUGUUCGUAUUUUAUAUUUAUUUAACGUUAUUAUGUUUCAAUCGGAUACACGUCUAUGUGCACCAUCAUCGGGUAAGGAUUAUCUUUUCCCAUUUCCGCCAUACGACAUCCAGUUGGAUUUGAUGCAGUCGCUCUACUCAGUGGUCGAGUCUGGACAGAUUGGUAUUUUCGAAAGCCCAACGGGAACGGGCAAGAGCCUAACGUUGACUUGUGCGGUGCUCAGUUGGCUGCGAGAUCAUGAGGCACUGAUCGAACGAGAACUAGCGGAACGUAUCAAUCGACUGAAGCAGGACAUCGUUCAAAUGGAGCAAUCGACGGCAGGUGCUGUAGAUUGGAUAUCGGGUCAGUUCGAAACGAUUGAAGCAAAAAAGAAAUUGUGUGAGCUGGGAGGAGUUAAAGAUCUACGAGAUGAAUAUUAUAAGCGCUUGAAAGAAUUGAAGGAAAAAUCUGUUAAGGUAAAGAAGAAACGAAAUUUUCAUCGAGUCGAUAAAACAUCCGAACAUCAAUUGAGGGAAAAUGAACUAGAAGGUCAGGUUGAAAUCGUUGACGAUGACUUUAUGGUCGAGGAUUCUGAUGACGAAGAGACGGUUCUUGCCGAAGACGAUGACAGGCGGUUUAAACCUGUGCAAAUUAUAUUUUGCUCCAGAACCCAUUCCCAGCUGAGUCAAGUUGUUAACGAAAUUCGUCGAACAGAUUUUGGAAAGCAGAUCAGACUAACCACAUUGGCAUCAAGACAAAACUUUUGUAUUAAUCCAGAAGUUAAAAAAUUGAAAUCAAAUUCGCUCAUCAACGAGCGAUGCUUAGAUCUUCAGAAAAAAUCGGCCAGCAAAACUACCUCCGUAGAUGAAGAUAAGAAUAUAAGGAAGAAACAAAAGGUUGCUAAAGCAUGUCAGUUUUACAACCGUUCGGCUAUAGAAGAAUUGCGAAAUGAUUCCAUCUUCGAAAUUCAAGAUAUCGAAGAAUUAGUAGCGUUUGCUAGACAGGAAAAAGCAUGCCCUUAUUAUGCUUCGCGUGCAGCAAUUCUAGAUUCGCAGUUGCUGAUGAUGCCAUAUCAAAAUUUACUUCAUCGAAAAACCCGCCAGCAGACUGGUGUCGACAUCAAAAACUCGGUCAUUAUCAUUGAUGAAGCGCACAACCUAUUGGACACCAUAUCCAAUAUCCAUAGCCAAGAGCUAACGCUGGAACAGCUUCAGCAGGCUCGUGUACAUAUUAGUGCCUACAAAACUCGAUAUUUUGCUCGAUUUUCCACCAAGAAUCUUUUGAAAAUAAAUCAGUUGCUGUUUGUUGCAACUCGUCUUUGUAAGCUGUUAGAAGUUGAACCGAGUUUUAACAAGUCUGGUUCACGUAUGCUAAGAACAUCUGAAUUAAUGACAGAAGGCGAAUUUUUCAAUCUCAAUCUUCCGGAGAUCCUUCAGUUCGCAGAGAAAACACGUAUCGCACAGAAAAUACACGGCUUUGUUCAAAGUGUUCCGCCAUCGGAAUGCUUGGGAACCCCGAAAAAACGACUCAACGAUGUUAAAAAAGGAACCAAUGCCGUGAAGGAAUAUCUGAAGCAGCUGGAAAGUGGUGUUAGAGAACCUGCAUCAGCAGCUGGCAAUGAAAAGUGCAGCUCGGAAAUUAGUAAAGAGCCGGUAUCCAAUGUAAUUCGUCCAUUUAUGACUUUUUUGGAGUGUCUUUCGGAAAGUUUCGAUGACGGCCGUGUGCUCCUGUCAUAUUCCAAUGAUUCGAAAAAGACGCAUAUGAAAUAUUUGUUAUUAAAUCCUGGCGCCAGAUUUAACGAAAUUUUGACAAGCUGUCGAUCGCUUAUUCUUGCUGGUGGAACGAUGCAACCAGUUGAUGAACUGACCGAACAGUUAUUUAAAAGUUGUCCUGAACGCGUUCAGCUUAAAAGUUAUCGCCAUGUGGUUCCACAAGAUGCAGUUCUUCCGUUGGCCAUUGCAAAAGGACCCUCUGGAAAGGAGCUUCUUUUCAAUUAUAGCAACCGUCAAAAUAAGGAACUGCUAAAUGAGUUGACAUCCACGUUGAUCAAUAUUUGUCAGGUGGUUCCAAACGGGGUCGUUUGUUUUUUCAGCUCGUACGACUAUCUGGAACAAUUCUUCGCUAAUCUCCUGGAAAGUGGUCGUUUGGCACGACUGGAAGAGCGGAAGCAAGUAUUUCGCGAACCUCGUGGUAGCGGAAACGUUGAUAAGGUUCUGGCUGAUUACUCAAAAGCUGCACGUCAAUGGACGGGAUCUCGGACGGGUGCUCUCAUGCUUAGUGUGGUCGGUGGAAAACUCAGUGAGGGCUUAAAUUUUGCCGAUGAACUUGGUCGAUGCGUGGUGGUGGUUGGAUUACCCUAUCCGAACCGCACCAGCCCAGAACUCAUGGAAAGAAUGCGAUAUUUGGAUACGACCCUGAAAGCUUCCGCUGGGAAUGAAUAUUAUGAGAAUCUUUGCAUGAAAGCUGUGAAUCAGUGCAUCGGACGGGCAGUGAGGCAUAUCAACGAUUAUGCCAGCGUAGUACUGUUAGAUGCCAGAUAUGGAAGCAGUGAGAAGAUCCGGAAGAAACUUCCAGUUUGGAUUUCCGAAUCAAUGCAGUGUGUGGACCGGUACGGACUGGCGCAUGGAAAUGUGGUGAAAUUUUUUAAGACUAGGAAUGGAAAAAAAUAAAAUGUAUUAAAAUA